UUUUCAAUAGACUUCAUCAUGGAGGUCAGCCAUGUCAAAAUGAGGAUAAGGCUACUCUUAGCCUGCUUCUUUUUUCUUUCUGUUUAUGGAAAAACCUCAGGACCACAUUUUAUGGUGACAUUUCCUGCAGUAAUAGAGUCUGGCUCUCAAGCCACAUUUUGUGUGAGUCUUUUGAAGCCUAAUGAGACUCUGCAAAUGAACAUUUAUCUGGUUCACAACAAUGAAACCAGAACUCUUUUACAAGAGACAGUGGAAGAGGAGAUUCACCAGUGUUCUCAUUUCGAGGCUCCACAGGUUGAGGGAGAAUCAGUGCAGGAGAUCAGUGUAGAAGUCAAAGGUGAAAAUUUUAAGAUGACAGAGAAAAGAAAAGUAAUGUUUAAAUCCUACAACACAUUGGUAUUUAUUCAGACUGAUAAACCCAUCUACAAUCCAGGCCAAACAGUGAAUUUUAGAAUUGUCACUAUGGAUUCAAAUUUUAUUCCCCUUGAGCAAAAGUACAGCACAGUAAUUCUUGAGGACACUAAUCAGAACAGGAUUGGUCAGUGGACAAAUGUCAACUCGACAGGCCUGAUAUUGCAGCUUUCACAUCAGCUAAAUGCUGAAGCUCCAGAGGGUGAUUACUCAUUACAAGCCAAAACUGAAAAUACGCUGACCACACACAAUUUUAAAGUGCAAAAAUAUGUCUUACCUAAGUUUGAGAUUACAGUAAAAACACCAGAGAAGCAUAGCAUCAGUGAGGAUGAACUAAAGCUGGAGAUUUGUGGAAAGUACACUUAUGGACAGCCAGUACCCGGGGAAGCAGUGGUGAAAGUGUGUCGAGAAUUUAUGGAUGAUUAUUUUCACAGCCCCUCAGAUGAUGCACCCAUGAUUUCACCGUGCUUAGCUGAAACAGUGAAGAUGAGUCAGACUGGUUGUGCCUUCCUUAUAUUGAAUGUAUCAACAUUCAUAAAUUCUGAAUUUGAAGAUAAUUUGGAGAACCAUCUUAAAGCUGCUAUUACACUGAUAGAGGAAGGAACAGAAUUUUCCCUAGUAAAAUCUGUAAUGAUAGAGCUCACGUUCGAAAUCGGUAAAGUGGAACUUUUGGAUUUACCAAAAACAUUCGAACGGGAGAAAUUUAUAGAAGGAAAAAUUAAAGUUACAACCUUCAGUGGAACACCAGUUCCUAACAAGAAAGUUUAUCUUUUGGAGGGUAAAUGGUCGCCUAGCAAGUUACUACAAAAUCUUACUACAGAUAGUAAUGGAUUCGCAGACUUUUCAGUUGCUUCACCUACACAUCCUACAACAGAGAUUGAAUUGCAUGCAAGUGUCUAUCAAGAGGAAAAAUAUCAUGGAUACAAAACUCCAUUCUUUUCAAGUUCUAAUAUCCAUAUACAGCUGUUCGAACCUGCCACAUCAUACAGUCCAGUGUUCAGUGAACUGACAAUAGAGACCUCAGAGGAACCUAUCAAGUGUGGUGCUGAAAUUCCCAUAGACAUUAACUAUUAUAUUGUUGGGGAAACCACUGAACGUUGCAGUAUUUACCUUAUAUACAUGGUCAUAUCUAAAGGAGCCAUAGUUCAUCAUGGGCAUAAGAAAGUUGAAUUUGAAGAGUCUAUAGGUCCAAAAGGAGAAAUUUCAUUUAAUCUAUCAGUUGUUGUUGAGUUUGCUCCAGUAGUGCAAGUUGUGGUUUACUCUGUCCUGCCCAGUGAGAAUGUCAUUGCUGCUAGCAAGAAUUUAAAUGUGGAAAAAUGUUUCCAAAAUAAGGUUUCUCUGCAGUUUUCUCCCUCCAAGGCAGUUCCUGGUGAGAAAAACACUCUUGAGCUCAUAGCUCAUCCUGGUUCACUGUGUGGCCUCAGUGCUGUGGACCAGAGUGUGUUCAUCUUGGAGUCUGGAAACCGCCUAGACACUGACAAGAUAUUUAAUUUGUUGCCAGUUACAGCGGUAUCGGAUUACCCCUAUAUGAUUGAAGAGGCGCAGGAGUGCAUAAAUGUUAGACCUCGACGGAAUGCAUGGCGUGAACAGGCUUACAAUACUUUGAAGGGUGUGGGGCUGAAGAUGGCAACAAAUUUGGCUAUCAGACCACCUCAAUGUUUGACAUACAAAGGCAUUCCUUAUUUUCGUGGAAGUGCAUAUGGGGUGCAAUAUGCAAUGGAAGGGUUAUCAGGUCAUGCACGAUCUGGAUUAGUGCUAGAUUAUGAACCCACUGAAACAGUUCGCAAAUUUUUCCCAGAAACAUGGAUAUGGCAGAUGUCUGAAGUGGGUGACUCUGGAUCAGUAGAACUUCCUGUCACUGUUCCUGACACCAUCACUACUUGGGAGACAGAGGCUUUCUGUGUGUCCUCUGUAGGUCUGGGACUGGCUCCUCCUGUUCAGCUCACUGUAUUUCAGCCAUUCUUCCUGGAGCUCUCGUUGCCCUACUCCAUUAUCCGAGGAGAGGUUUUUGAGCUCAAGGCCACUGUCUUCAAUUACCUUUCCAAAUGCAUUAUGGUUAAAGUGACUCCUGCCUCUUCCGCAGACUACACUCUUGAACCUUCUUCUAAUGAGUAUUCAUUAUGCCUUUGUGCAAACCAAAUAAAAACCUUCAAAUGGACUCUGAUUCCCACUGUGCUUGGAGUCGUAACUCUGACAGUAAGUGCAGAAGCAGAACAUUCCCAGACUGUGUGUGACAAUGAGAUUGUGAGUGUUCCAGAGAGAGGCCGCAUUGACACAGUAACACGAAGCCUGAUUGUACAGGCUGAAGGAUUUGAGUUGACAAAGAGCCAGAGCUGGCUUUUAUGUCCACAGGGCAAUAGUGUUUCAGAGGAGUUGGAGUUGACACUUCCUGAGGAUGUAAUUCAGGGAUCUGCACGAGCUUCUGUUUCAGUACUUGGUGACAUACUUGGUCGUGCCCUAAAAAAUCUGGAUGGACUGCUACGGAUGCCAUAUGGCUGUGGCGAACAAAACAUUGCUCUCCUUGCCCCUAAUAUUUACAUUCUACAGUAUUUAGAGAACACUGGGCAGCUCACCACAGCGAUCCGUGAAAGGGCUACUGGUUUCCUUAAGAGUGGAUACCAGAGGCAACUGAACUAUAAACAUAUAAAUGGUGCAUAUAGUACAUUUGGCAGGGGGGAAGCGAACACAUGGUUAACUGCUUUUGUAUUGAGGACAUUUGGCAAAGCACAGUCAUACAUCUUUAUUGAUCCAGACAUCAUUAACAGUGCUACGACAUGGCUUGUAAAUAUGCAGAGAUCAGAUGGCUGUUUUAUAAGACAGGGUAGUCUGUUCAAUAACAGAAUGAAGGGUGGGGUAAAUGAUGAUGUGACUAUUACUGCAUACAUCACUGCAUCACUGCUUGAGUUGGGUAAAACAGUUCAGGAUCCUGUUGUAAAUAAAGGGUUAUUGUGCCUCAAAUCUUCUCUUGGUAAUCUUCUCAUGACAAACACAUACACUACUGCACUGUUUGCCUACACUUUCAGUCUGGCUGGAGAGAAUGAAAUUCGGGAGCAGUUACUAAAAGAGCUGGAUAAUGUUGCCCUUUCAGGAGAUGGUCGUCUUCACUGGUCUCAGUCAGCAUCAGAUCAAUCCAGUGCAUUGUCAGUGGAAAUCAGCUCCUAUGUGCUGCUAGCAAUUCUCACAGCAGAUGAACUCACUGCUGCUGAUUUGGGAUAUGCUAAUAGGAUUGUUAGUUGGCUGGUGAAGCAGCAAAAUCCUUAUGGAGGCUUUUCAUCCACUCAGGACACAGUUGUGGCCCUCCAGGCUCUUGCUCUGUACUCCACUAAGGUGUUCAGCUCAGAAGGCUCUAGCACAGUAACUGUAAAGUCAGCAGAUGGAGACAGUCACAGUUUUGAAGUGACACAGGACAACAAGUUACUGUACCAAGAAAGUUCAUUAAAGGAUGUUCCUGGAAAAUACAGCAUUGAUGUGAAGGGCUCUGCCUGCGCGUCAGUGCAGACAGUGGUUUUCUACAAUAUCCCCAUGCCUACUGAAACUAAUACAUUGAGCAUCAGCGCUAAUACUGAGGGAAACUGCACAAAAUCCUUUGGACAUACUUUGUCCCUCAAUUUCACUGUUGGCUAUAACGGGACACUAAAGAGCACUAACAUGAUCAUUGUGGACAUAAAACUCUUAUCAGGGUUCACAGCAGAUCCUGCUGAACUGAAAAAAGUCAUUUUGGUGGAACGGGUGGAUUCUAAAGAUGACCAUCUGAUCAUGUAUAUCAAAGAACUCCAAAGUGGCAUUCCUAGCAACUAUAAGCUGCACAUUAAACAGGUGCUUCCUGUGAAGAAUCUCAAGCCAGCUCAGAUCAAAGUUUAUGAUUACUACCAAACAAGUGACCAGUCUGAGACCGAGUACAACUCUCCCUGUGUAUAGUGUUUGACAUCGGAAUGGAAGAUACAGAAAAUAGUUUGUUCAUCUGUAUGAUGAUUUUACAUGUAUUUUCUAUUUUCUGUAAUUUUUCAUUGUUGAAAUAAAUAAAAAAUCCGUCAAUGCCUCAUAAGUUACUGUUGUAUUAAAGAUCUUCACAAUAUGAUAGUAUACUUUAAUAGAAAAUUAUUUUUUCAAUAUAACCUUUUAUAAAUGUCAGGAAUUGAUUGAUUGGUACUGUAUUUUGUUUUAUUCCAAUCUAAAUUUACUGGAAGUGUGCAGGUAUACUAUUCAAAUACAGAUAGUUAAAUGUAACAAAACCAACUGAAACAGCUAAUGUUCUUGGCCCCAUCUUUAAUAUUUGUUCAUUGGUGUGCUACCAUUGCAUAAGAAAAUAGUAGGAUGUUUGUUUUUUGUUUUUUUUUAUUACACAAUGGUCAAGGCCGAAAUCUGUGUUUGCAUAAAGUUUGUGUA